GAGUUAUAUGGCAAGAAAUUACCUGGAAAUUUUGCCAACAGGGCUUAAGAUUAUUAUAAGCUUGCUUCUGUAAGUUACAUUUGUUCAGUAUUUCCUCGCAAGUUUUCUCUGAAAGCUCAAGUUCGAACUUGUCUUUCAAGACUGGUAUUGCUACACAAUCUUAAUGGCAUCCAAUGGUGCAAAACUGCAUUUUCCGUCGGGAUUACUGGAUGCAUAUGCCUCUUACAGGAAACGAUUUCUUAGUUUAAAGCAUUCUCUUCUAGCAGACCUUAUUCCUAAAGAUUUUGGUAGCAUUAUUUCACUUCCACCUCCUGAAUACAUUUUUUUGAAAUUUCAUCCAAGUUUUCGCAAUUUGGCUGUGGCCUUUGGGGUUUACUUUGGUGUUGCAGUCUUAUGCUUUUACUCUGUCUAUGAUCAAAUGAAAGGGAAUAAAGAAAGUGCAUUGAUCGAUACUAUAUAUUUCACGGUCACAACUUUGACCACCGUAGGAUAUGGGGACCUGGCACCUAAUCGUUCCGAUAUAAAGGUGCUUUCCUGUGUAUUUGCAGUCAUUGGAAUGGCACUUAUGGCAUUAAUAAUAAGGAAAGCAGCAGAUUAUUUAGUAGAGAAGCAGGAAGUGUUGCUUGUUGAAGCCCUAAACAAGCAACAAAAUUAUGGGUCAUUCAUAGCUAAUUCUCAGACGGAAAGCAAUGAAAUUAGCUUCAAGUGUCUCGUGGUCAUGGGGGCUCUUUCGGUUCUUGGAUUGCUUGGAGUCAUGGUUUUAUAUGUACAUGAAGAAUUGGACUUCAUUGAUUCCAUCUAUUGCGUCUUUACUACCAUUACAACCGUAGGUUAUGGAGAUAAAGCGUUUGCAACUUACGGUGGACGAGUUUUUGCUAUAGUUUGGAUCCUGCUAAGUACUGUCGGUUUGGCUCAGCUCUUUAUGUACCUUACUGAGGUAUUCACCGAGAGCAGACAAAAGGCACUAGCUAACUGGGUUGCUGCUAGAAUGAUGAUGCCUGAUCACAACCUGAUUUCAGCUGAGAUCGAUAAUGAUGGAGUUGCAGAGGUUGCCGAGUUUGCUAUACAUAAGCUUAAAGCGAUGGGGAAGAUUAGCGAAGAGGAUAUCACAAGUUUAAUGAAACAAUUUGAUGUUCUCGAUGUUCAUCAACGUGGAUUCUUGGCGAUAUCUGAGUUAAUGCGUGUUUAAGGAAAGAGGUAUUGUAAUUAAGCUAUCAAUAAGUGGCUAUCAGCUUUGUACAACAGUUAUUUUAAUGAAGAAACUUUAUGUAAGGGCUACUACUUCAUGUGAAGGUCUUGUGGUAAUGAUCUGAUGUAUACCACAGGCCAAUCUUGAAAUGCUUAGUUUGUAUAUGUAUGUUGAUGAAAAUGUUUGUCUAUCUAAUUAUAAGAUAUCCAUAAUAUAUGUUUA